AUGUCACCUCAGUCCAAGGAGACGGAGCUAACUCGGGAACAACUACACAUCCAGCACCACGCCCUGGAGAAGGCACUGCAGGUGGAGAGGGAACAACGACUCCAGCUGGAGGAGGCCCUGAACACUAUGCAGGAGCAGGCCCGGCUUGUAGCAGAAAACAAGCAGAUCAAUCUCCAAAUUGAAGAUGAUGAGGAGGAGAUAAUCCUAGAAGCAAGUCCCAUGCUGAUGCGUAGUGAGGCUGGUUAUGGACAGAUGGUGUGGAAUUGGCUUAGAGUGCGUCGUCGAACUUUGAAUCGCUUGAUGCGCAUGCGCCCAGGAAUCCGGAAGAUAAUAUGGGGUUACUUUCUCCUGCUUCACCUGCUGGUCAUUGGAUUCUUGUUUGGACUUUUAUAACGUACCUUUUCACAUAUAUGUCC